AUGUCUUUGGGAACUUUGAGGGAGCAUAUGCUCAACUCUGGGACAGAAGAAGUGAAGAAUACAGUGGGCAACUCUUUGGGGAAACUGCAAAGGAAAAUAGAUGGCAGUAAUGUAGAAGACAACCACAUUGAACUGACAGAAGAUGGUCGUCCGGUGGCAUCCACAUCUCGUCCUGCUCCGCUGCUGGAUUGGAACUGUGGCGGUCUUCCCAAGCGCUACAUCAUCGCCAUCCUCAGUGGUCUGGGCUUCUGCAUCUCCUUUGGGAUCCGCUGUAACCUCGGUGUUGCAAUUGUGGAGAUGGUUAACAACAACACUGCGUUUGUUAAUGGAACCGAAGUUCUUCAGAAAGCCGAGUUCAACUGGGACCCAGAGACAGUUGGACUUAUCCAUGGCUCUUUCUUCUGGGGCUACAUCAUCACUCAAAUUCCUGGUGGUUUCAUCUCAAACAAGCUGUCUGCCAACAGGGUGUUUGGGGCUGCCAUUUUCUUGACGUCAGUGCUGAAUAUGUUUAUCCCAUCAGCAGCAAGGGUGCACUACGGCUGUGUCAUGUUUGUUCGCAUCCUGCAGGGCUUAGUUGAGGGCGUCACUUACCCAGCGUGCCAUGGGAUGUGGUCAAAAUGGGCCCCACCUCUUGAACGCAGUCGACUAGCCACAACAUCCUUCUGUGGAUCCUAUUCAGGAGCUGUGAUCGCCAUGCCUUUAGCUGGCGUGAUGGUUCAGUACAUUGGGUGGCCGUCAGUCUUUUACAUCUAUGGUGUUUUUGGAAUCCUGUGGUAUGUCCUGUGGCUUCUGUUGGCCUAUGGAAGUCCUGCGGUGCAUCCAACCAUCACAGAUGAGGAAAGGACAUACAUUGAGUCGACCAUUGGGGAAACCAUCCACCACCAGAGCGUGAUUCAGAAAUUCAAGACACCAUGGCGUCGUUUCUUCACCUCCAUGCCAGUCUACGCCAUCAUCGUGGCCAACUUCUGCCGCAGCUGGACCUUCUACCUGCUUCUCAUCAGCCAGCCGGCAUAUUUUGAAGAGGUCUUUGGGUUCCCAAUCAGCAAGGUGGGGAUUCUCUCUGCUGUGCCCCACAUGGUGAUGACAAUUAUUGUUCCAGUUGGAGGACAGCUGGCAGACUUCCUGCGUAGUAACAAAAUCAUGACGACUACAAAUGUGAGGAAACUCAUGAACUGCGGAGGUUUUGGUAUGGAGGCUACUCUGCUGCUAGUGGUAGGCUUUUCACACACCCGCGCUGUGGCCAUCUCAUUCCUGGUGCUUGCUGUAGGCUUCAGUGGAUUUGCCAUCUCAGGCUUUAAUGUCAACCAUCUGGACAUUGCGCCUCGCUAUGCCAGCAUCCUGAUGGGCAUUUCCAAUGGAGUGGGAACGCUGUCUGGAAUGGUGUGUCCCCUGAUUGUUGGAGCCCUGACUAUACACAAGACCCGUCUUGAGUGGCAGAAUGUCUUUGUCAUUGCAUCCAUGGUGCACUACACAGGGGUCAUCUUCUACGCUAUCUUUGCCUCGGGAGAACAACAGGACUGGGCCAACCCCGAGAGUACGAGUGAGGAAAAACGUGGCUUUGUCGAAGAGGAUGAGCUCGCUGAAGAGUGUGAGCUCAACAGUGAGAGCAUGACGGCUCCCAAAAUAAGCUACGGAACGACGGAUAAUGUGUCAGGUCAGAAACAUGGCUGGAAAAUGAAGAGAGGGGUGACCUUGCAAGAGGAGGAAGAACAUUAUGCAAAUGGAGACUUUCAGAAUGAUUACCAAUGAGCAGUUCUGUGGGGAUACAGACUUUCACAC